GCAGCGUCGUUGCAUUGGAUAUCUCGAACUCCCACUCAAGCACCAGAGGUGUACGGAGAUUGGGUGAGAAUUUUUUGGGCUCCGUCAUGUUAUGUAAGUUGGUGUGGUUAGCGUAUUCGUUGAUCAGCCAUCUUUGAUCAGUCAUGAACACAUAACCGCAGGUGAGAGAAGCAUCGCUAUCGACGUUGGGAUUACUGUAGAAGAACUCGAUUUCACUCUUCCGUGGCGGGAUCACGUUCUGGCAGCAGUUCAUACCUUCGCAGGUGGAUGAGACUGCGCAGAUGGGGUUGCAUUCGCCGUUGGAAGGGAGCAGCGAAACGACGUUCUGGCAGCCGACGACGACCAAUCUGUUGUAGACGCUGGAGAAGGUGGCUACAUAAAAUGCAGCCAUGGGCUGUGCCAGCUGCAGCAACUUCCUAUCUUUAGAGCAGUUGAGAGGAGAGACGGACUGCAUCGCCUUAACUGUUUUGGUGGCCAACGAGAUAUCUACUAACUCUUCGAACCCUAUUUGCUCCAUAAAAAAUGGUCUCGGGGGAUUGAAGCUUUCGUUGCAGAUGAUCGUGAAAGCUGCAUUAGCGCUGCAGUUCAUUCCGAUGCCAAAAGGAUAUGGAACGACGACGUUUCCACAUUUUUCCAGGCAGCCCGGCUUCGACAGAGACGUGCCUUGCGCUGCCGCCGCUGUUGCUAGGUGGAUGAAGAGCGCGGUGAUCAGGAAUAACGGUUGAUCUUCCUUUUGAGAAAGUGACAUCAAAUAAAUCUUCCAUCAAAGACAAACUGACUGUCUCCAUGGAGUAGAUAAGUAAUUAUACAUAAUCAUAAUAUGAGUGUUUGACUGAGUGUUAAUAACAUCAUAAUAGAUCACUCCGGAGAAUGAGUUUUUUAUGCACAACUAGUGUCUAGUAGUAGUAUAUCAGAACAGAGCAUUUUAAAAUUUCUAUUUUCUCCUCUGUUUUGCAGUUUGGGCUUUCUAAUUCUGAUACCCAAAAAUUGGUGUUAGUCAUUUGUAAUUAUUUUCACAUUAUUAGUGAAAUUUCCUCCUAUGGCCAUCGACAUAGGUCACAUU